AUGGCAAUCGAUAGCAAACGAAGUACGGCCAAUCAAGCGCUUUGCGUACCGCCCUUAAUGCCCAUGAAGAUCAGGCUGUGGUUCUCCAUACUGGAGAGACAAUUCGCGAUCGUGGGCAUCACCGACGACGAAGAAAAAUCCACAGCUCUCAUAUCGUGCCUCGAGCCUCAGUAUCUGGAGCGAAUUGAGGACAUAGUGAUGAACCCUCCGGCCACGGGUCAAUACGAAAAACUGAAGGCCGAGCUAAUUCGCAUCCUGGCAGAAUCAGACAGCGAUCGAGUGCAGAGGUUGAUAGAAGACGAGGUGAUGAUCGACCGGAAGCCGUCUCAAUUCUAUCAUGAUCUAAAAAUACUCGCCAGUCCAUUCGCGUCCGAGCAGUUCAUCCUCAUCCUGUGGAGGAAUCGUCUGCCGGAUCGCCUCAGGGAAAUCCUGGUCGUGAUGGUUGACACGAACGUAGAAAAGUUAACGCGGGCCGCGGACAGGAUACAGGAGGCGUUUUCGCAGAAUAGACAGCGCGCAAACAGAAUGACUGCCAUUACCAAGCCGCCGGUACAAAACUCGGCAACGAGCGACCCGUUGGCCGCCGCCAUCAACAGUUUGAGCGAACAGUUUAACCGUUUGGAGAUGCGAAUAGACGCGCUGACUACUCCUGCUGGACAAACGACAUUACCUGCAGACAGUCUACUAGAACAUCUGGCGACUGUUGGCGGACAAUAUCUGCAGACAAUGUCUAUCAAUGUAGACGAGGCUUAA